AUGGACACAGUCGAGUCGAAGGAGGUAGCGACUUCUCAUGUCGAUGAUGCGUAUGUUGCUAAACAGUCCAUGGUGAUGGAUGGAAAUGGCCGCUGGUGGAACUGGCGCGUUAUUGCGAAUCGUGAGUCCACCCGUCCCUCCGUCCCUCCGUCCACCCAGUCCGGUUUUGAUCAUCCGUCGUUGACUUGCUUCGUGCUUCAAGUCGUUAUUGUCGGUUUAGCCAUGGGGCUAUUCGGCUACGACAAUGCCUUCGCCUCGCCUCUCGUCUCGCUGCCUUUAUUUGUGGAGAGAUAUCAAGGCCCUGGAUUCCAGGGCGCUCUCGUGUUUUCGGUGAGACCUCGCAGGUCAAAGACAGGAAAUGGGAACUUGAUGCUGACGGACGUGGGCGUCAGCAUCCUCACGAACGUCUGUCCCGUUUACCUAUCUGAACUGAUCCCCGCCAACUUCCGCGCCAGAGCUGUCGGAUUCACUGUUGCCGGUAGCGGCGUGCUCUCCGUCGUCGCCACAGUCGUCGUAUGGGCCACGGAAAAACGUAGAGAUCAGUGGCAGUACAAGAUCCCGCUCCUCGUCCAAGCUGUCUUCCCUGCCACGCUCGCCCUGCUAUCUCUUUUGCUGACAGAGUCUCCUGUCUGGCUGCUCGCCAAGGGGAGACAUGAUGAUGCCCGAAGGAACCUGCUCCUGCUCCGCGGAGGCAACGCUGCUCUUGUUGAGAAAGAACUUGCCCUGGCGGCUGCUGCUUUAAAGUCGCAUUCCGAGCAGGUCAAUGUGAAUGUCUGGGAGAUUCUGAAACCAGCGAACCUCGAGAGGACAAUUUCUGCGUCUGCGCCGUUGUGCCUGAGUCAGGUCGGCGGCCAGAUUCUAGUUUUGACGUAUUCGACGGUUAUUCUGGUACAGAGCGGCGUAGCUGAUCCAUUCAAGAUCACAAUCAUCAUCUUUUUGCUGCAGUUUCUGGGAACGCUCAUUGGACCAUUUCUACUCGACAAGAUUGGGCGGCGGCCGGUUGCCUUGGCGGGCUUUGUGGUUUUAUUUGCGAUUGACGUUGUGUGUGGUGCGCUGGCCUGCGCUGGGCUGGCAACUCAGUCUCAGAGGAUCGGGUUGGCCGCGCUGUGUAUUGUCUUCAGCUUCAUCAACGCCACUUGUUUUCAGUCGAUCGCGUACGUCUUACCAACGGAGGUUCCGACAUCACGACUUCGUGAGUCAACCAUGGCUUGGACCACGUUUUGGAGCUACACUACGGCUAUUAUUACCACAUUUGCUGUUCCUCAAAUCACCAACGCAGAUGCGCCUGAAACAUCAAACCGGACUCUUGCGGAGAUCGACGAGUUGUAUGCUGAAAGAAUUGCGAAGCGACACUGGAAAGGGUACAAAUCUACUGCAAACGAGAUUGAUAAUGACAAUGCGGACCGCUAG